GCAAAUGUCAAAUCUAUAGAUGUUGAAGAAAAUUAGUGCAAAUAUUUAAUAGAAAAAAUAUUUUCUGUUCUUUUAUUAAAAAAAUUACAGUUUCCAUUUUUGAAUCAAGUUUACUUCGAAAAAAAAACAAUAAUCAAGGAAAUGGCUUCUAAACAAGUAAAAUAUUUGCAUACUGCACGUUUAAUCACGUUGUUGACCGGUAAUCGAAAUCUAUGGAAGAAUUCAUGGUCGGCCGUUCCGCGUUUAUUUAGUUCUGAAAAAUCCGCGGAACAGCAACAACAAUCUCAACAAUUAUCAGAAAAUUCUCCAGCGGAUACCGGAACUGUGGGGAAUAAUUCAAUUGAUCAGAUAAAAAAGCUGACUCAAGACUUGGAAGACUUGAGUAAAGAAGCGGAAAGUUUGAAGGAACAAAAUAUUCAGUUAUUGGAUAAAUAUCGACGAUCUUUGGCUGAUAGCGAGAAUUUAAGAUCACGUCUUAGUAAACAAAUAGCCGAUGCUAAAUUAUUUGGCAUACAGGGUUUUUGCAAAGAGCUACUAGAAGUAGCUGACAUCUUGGGACAUGCAACAAAUUCGGUACCUCAAGAAGAAUUAACAGAUAAAAAUCCUCAUUUGAAAAGCCUAUAUGAAGGCUUGUCUAUGACGCAGGCAUCGCUCUUUCAAGUGUUUAAACGUCAUGGUUUGGAGACAAUGAAUCCUUUGAAAGAAAAAUUUGAUCCUAAUCUGCACGAAGCUUUAUUUCAGAAGGAGGAUUCUUCAGUGGAUCCCAACACAAUAAUAGAAGUUACUAAACUAGGUUACAAAUUGCAUAAUCGUGUGAUAAGACCAGCUUUAGUAGGAGUAUCGAAAUAAUCACUAGACGCUUCGUGUCUCGCAAAAUCAUUUAUAUUUUUUUUUUAUAAAAUAGAUUUUGGUUUUCUUUUUAAGCAGUUGCUUGCAAAAUGAAAAGAA